AUGCCUGUGGACGACCUAGAGACUCAACCCUUACUGGGAACCCAACAGAACACAACCAGAGAUAAUGAUAUACAACAUACUAUAGAGCCAUCUUCCUACCCAUCAGACGAUAUGAGGAAGUCUAGAAAAAAGUUAUAUGGUGUGAGAAAAGUAGAUCUAAUAAUAUUAGGAACUGUCUUGGCCGGGAUAUUAUUUAUACUCACAACUUAUAAAGUUACUACAUUCGUCAAACAUACCCCUACAGUUGAGGAAGUACAGGAUAAUGUGUUCCAAAUAUCAGAUGUAAAUGUACGUGAUGUGCAUAUUGACGGUUGGAGAGAAAGUAAAAAAAAUCCAGAUUUGGACAAUGAUGGUGGUAAAUAUCUACAAGUGACAGUACAGGCCGAUUAUAUGAUAAAUUAUGAUCAUUUACAAAAUAGUUCCUUGGCAGUAGACCCUCAAAAAAUACAAAAUUUCAAGUUUGUAGCAGAAACACUAGUGAAGACUCUUUGUGUUGAUUUGAAUAACUCUACAACUUUUCAUAAUGUUAAUGACAAGAAUUUUGAACUGGCAAAUAUAUUAAUACAGGACCCAGUUUGUGUCUCGUUACUUAAUGGGACAGUAACACCAGUAAAUGUUACUCUGUUAGUACAACCAAAUAUGAAGAAUAUUAUGAGUGUCCUUAAGAAGAUUAUAUCUCACAAAUAUAAAGGUUUAAAGUUAUGGUCUCAAGUGAGUGUUACUUUAUACAAGCAAAGUGUUCUGAAACUAAAUAUUAGAUUAGCAUCUGUACCUAGGAUUCACCUAGAUUGGACUAAGAUCUUCAAAUGGGAUAAAUUAGAAGAUCAAUUUUGGGGUUAUCUGGAUGAAAAUUUUGAAAUACCGAAGGCACAACAAUUACAAGUCACUGAUGAUUCAGAUCUAUAUUUUGAUGUACAGAUACAAACAACUCCUUUAGGAAUAUUCGAUAGAUUGUUAUCAGAUAAUAAAUGGUUACAUAUACCCCAAGAUACAACUAUACCAUAUCUUAAAUGGAGUGUAAGACUUCCGGAUUGUUAUAACAAAUGCACUAUUGAAGUACCUACAUUGGAAUGUCAUAGUGAAAAAUUCGAUUUGAAACAAAACGAAUCACUUACACUGUUUAAUCGAUUAGGAGGGCCACUACCUCGGGAAUUACUGACACAUGUUUGUUCCUCAGAUGAAGAAAAUACUGUUACACCAUUGACAAUGAUUAUCAAUGAUUUAAUGAACGAUUCAUUGAGUUGUGAGAUCGAGUUGAAAGGUGAAGUUGCAGAUAUAGAUCAUUCAAAUGCUCAACAUGGAGAUGAUAUGCUUUUACCAACAGAUAUAUUACAAUCUAUUUUCCACGAAUUAGGUUAUUUUCCAAUAUCUAUAAAUACUACACUUAAUGGAACGGAUGCAUUAAGAGAAGUCACAAUCGAUAAUAUGCGAUUAAUAUGGUCAGAAAAUAGACUUCGUAUGGUUGGAACAAUGACAGCCACAAUAAAUUUGGCGUUUUACAAGACUCAAGAAGAAAGGCUUAAUGUACAUAAUAUCAAAGGUGAUUUGGAGAUAUAUCAUGAGGGGAUACAUUUUUUGUCGAUUCCAAUGAGAGUUUGGACUGAAUCUACAUCUGAGAUUAAGCAUGAUGAGGACAACGGCAACAAUACUUUCAUCGACGUUACUUUUGAUAUAAAUGACGAUGAUAUGAAUAUAAUUGAUCGAAGCGAAUUAUCUGAAGUAUUUAACGAAAUUUUCUUUAAUGGAAAGACUUUAGUCACAUUCGACUCGGUUGUCGAUGUAGUCAUCGGGAGUGUCCUCGGAGAAGUGGUUAUAACGGGAUUAAAGGCAUCCGGAGAGACAAUAGUACAUUAA